AUGGCUGGGCCUGGGGAUGCACAGAUAUUCAAGGCCACCUAUAGUGGUGUACCGGUAUACGAGAUGAUCUGCAAGUCGGUUGCUGUGAUGCGACGGCGCUCAGACAGCUGGUUAAACGCUACUCAAAUACUAAAAGUUGCCGGACUUGACAAACCGCAACGCACUCGCGUACUAGAGCGGGAGGUACAGAAGGGGGAACAUGAGAAGGUGCAAGGAGGAUACGGAAAGUACCAAGGAACGUGGGUGCCGCUUGAUCGUGGUGUCCAACUAGCUCAUCAGUACCACGUUGAGAACUUGCUAAGGGCUAUUAUUGACUUCACUCCCGCCGCCUCCAGCCCUCCCCUUGCACCCAAGCAUCUUACCGCUCCUCCCGCCCGGGCCCGUCAGAAGGAAACUCCAGAACCAGAGAAGGAACCAAAGCCGGUUGUUGAGGCGGAGAGCAACUUGCCUCGUGGAAGUGAAGAUGGCAGCCUCACAGACAGCCCUUCAGAAGUAUCCGAGCCAUCGCGCACACCGAGCCCAUUGUUGACGGAUGUGGGCCCCAGUCUACGCAACGGUCACAACGGACAUUUGCGUUCUGCUUCUGCACUGGAAGCCUCUUCACGGCCUACCAACUCUCACUCUCAAACCUACUCACAACCGGCGUUAUUCAACAGCGGAGACCCCAGGAAGGAGAGCUCGACUGGCCCGCGCUAUGCCGAUAUUAUGCUCGAAUACUUUAUCUCAGACACCAACCAAAUCCCCUCUGUUCUUGUUUCUCCUCCGUCAGAUUUUGAACCAGACGUGCCUAUUGAUGACGAUGGGCACACAGCCUUGCAUUGGGCGUGCGCAAUGGGACGGAUCCGGGUUGUCAAGCUGCUUCUUAGCGCCGGUGCUGAUAUCUUCAAGGAGAACAAAUCCGGACAGACACCACUAAUGAGAUCUGUGAUGUUUGCGAACAACUACGACGUACGGAAAUUCCCCGAACUAUACGAACUAUUACAUCGUUCCACGCUCAAUGUGGAUAACUUUAACCGAACCGUCUUUCACCAUAUUGUCGAUGUGGCAAUGAGCAAAGGCAAGGCACACGCUGCCCGAUACUACAUGGAAACAUUGCUCUCGAGGCUGAGCGACUUCCCGGACGAGUUGGCAGACGUAAUCAACUUUCAGGACGAUGAUGGGGAGACAGCGCUUACUAUGGCUGCUCGGUGUCGAUCAAAACGGCUGGUCAAGAUCUUACUUGACCAUGGUGCAGACCCUAAAAUCGCUAACAGGGAUGGCAAGACUACAGAGGACUAUAUUUUCGAAGACGAGAGGUUCCGGAUGAGUCCCACUAUUGCGCCUGCAGCACCCCAGCCCCCACUUGAGCUCACUCCCCAACUGCAUUACUCUAAAACCGCCCAGCGGACGACCACAAAAGCAACGGCGGAAGCCGCUAGUCUUAUGGCUAGUUUGGCAGCCGCAUUCGACGCAGAGCUUGUCAGCAAAGAGCGGGACCUUGCGCAGGCUCAUGCGUUAUUGACGAAUAUUCAGGGAGAAAUUCUAGAGAGCCAGCGGGCCGUGGGCGUGCUCAAAGCACAAGGACAGGGACUGGAGGAAGCCGAGCAGGAACUGAAAGACCUCGAAGAAGAGCUGAGAGCGAAAAUGGGUACCAGGUAUCGUCUGGGGUGGGAAAAAUGGCUACGAGACGAAGAAGCCAGAGACAAAGCUUGGAAGGCCGAGCAAGCUCAAGCAUCAUCACAAGCUCAGCCCGCGAGUUCUGUCUCCUCGGAGCAUGCCCCUCUCCCAACUUUGACGAUAGAUUUGGCCGAGCUCUAUGCACCACCUCCAAAAGGAACAUCCAUUACCGAAGCCUGCGAUGCGUUACGCGUAGAGAUUGGCAAGCUUCGAACAAGAAGGCAUGGGCUGUUUGAUGAAUUCGUCCGGCAGCAAGCGGAUUCUGGAACGAGUGGUCGAAUGGCCGAAUACAGACGGCUGAUAUCAGCCGCUGCGGGAGGUGUGCCUACGCAAGAGGUGGAUAGUGUUGUUCCAAUGCUACUUGAAAGUCAGAAGAAGCAACUCUCAAUGUUGCAUGGGCAAGUCAAACACAAGGCUCAGCCAAGCCUCCGAAUCCGAGUUCAAAUACUGGAGCGGGAAGAGGAACGUCAUAGUCCUCAUUGA